ACCAAGAGGAAAAAGGAUGGGGUUCCAAACUGAAAAAUCCUCCUCUUCCAUGGGGUGUAGAAGCAAGCAAGUGUAUUGGUGCUCAGUAGACAAGAAAUAUUGUUAUUGUGGCUCUAUAACUGACUGGUAUUGGGAUGAUGUUGAAUAUAAAAAUUAUAAGUGGUGCAAAUGGUGUCAUAAAACUAAUCAUAAUACGAAUAAUUGUUGGUUUGCUUCGAAAUUUCCUGAAAUCAUGGGUUAUGGGCCAAAAUUGCCUGAAGUCACGAGCCAAGAAUGGGAAGAAAAGAUCAA